GCAACAACCAGCGUAGAACCGAUAUAAAAGAAUCUGAUCUAGUUGGAAACACAUUUUCCUUUCUAGACGUCUGAAGAUAAACUGCUUCCAUUUUAAUGAACUUUACAGAGUCUGGACAUAGAAGUGUCUUCAUUGGCUGCUGAAAAAUGACGCUCAGACUCGUCUUCUUGUUGCUGCUGCCGCUCGCUGCUCGUCCGUCCUCUCUGCCCACCGACUGCAGCGACAUCUACAAAGCCGGAUCGGGUCUGGACGGAGUUUACACCAUCUACCCUGCAGGCCCCACCUCACCUGUGCAGGUGUACUGCGACAUGAGCAAGGACGACAGCUCUGCAGAAAAGUGGACGGUUCUUCAGAGGAGACAAGACGGCACAGUGAACUUCUACAGGAAGUGGGAUGAUUACAAAGCCGGAUUUGGCAGCGCUGCCGGAGAGUACUGGCUGGGCCUGGAGACGAUGCACCUGCUGACCCAGUCCAAGACCUACGAGCUGAGGGUCGACAUGGAAGACUUUGAGGGUCAGAAAGUCUUUGCCGCUUACGCUUCUUUCUCUGUGGGUCCAGAGUCGGAGGGAUACAAGCUAAAUCUGGGGAGUUUCCUCAAUGGGGCGGCAGGAGACUCUCUGACAUACCACAAUGGGCGUAAGUUCACCACCAUUGACAAAGACCAAGAUGGUCAUGGUUCAAACUGCGCCAUGUCGGCCUAUGGAGCAUUCUGGUAUGGGGGAUGCUUCCACGCCAACCCAAACGGCAUCUAUGCCUGGGGGCCUUCACCCCGUGCAGCUGGUGUUAUGUGGAAAACUUUUAAAGGCCUUGACUACUCCCUGAAAACCAUGACAAUGAAGAUUAGACCAGUGAACCCUCCACCACAAACUGGUUGAGGGACCACAGCGAUACCUGAAGCCUGGUAGAGUUUUGUGUCAGACUAGCAGGUGAUGGAUUAAUCAAGAAAGAGAAGAGUGUUGACCGCUGAAAAUGGGAAACAAACGGUCACUUCCUGCCUUAAAGCCUGCUGGUUUUCUGACCCAUCCAUCCACCCCAACAUCCUCCCACUGAAACACAUAUUGUUAGUCUCUUUUAGCUCAUUAUUUAAGUUUUCUAGCCUUUAAACUCCACCAUCAACAUCCUAGUUUCCAGCUUGGUGGUUUUCUGACCGCUCCAUCCACCCCAACAUACAUUAUCUUAGGGUUUUGGAAAAAAACAACAUAUUUAAGGAACACGAAUGAACAUUUUUCACUAUUUUCUCACAUCUUACAGACUAGCGGGUGAUAGAAUAAUCAAGAAACUAAUCAACAAAUGAGUGUUGACAGCUGAAAAUGGGAAACAAGCAGUCACUUCCUGCCUUAAAGCCUGCUGGUUUUCUGACCCAUCCAUCCACCCCAACAUCCUCCCACUUAAACACACAUUUUUAGUCUCUUUUAGCUGAUUAUUUAGGUUUUCUGGACUAAACGUUCCAGUAUCACCAGCCAUUUAUGACAAAGAAAAGCAACAUUUGAGAAACUGAAACCAGGUGAUGUUUGAUGUUUUUACUUAAAAAAUGAGACGGAUAAUUGAUUAUCUGGUGAUCAAGUAAUAGUUGAAACUCUGUUGUGACAAAAAAUAAAAAUUCUGAAGGCAACAGGGUUCUAAUUUGAGAUAUUUAGCUACUUUGCAUCUACAGAAACUAUUCUGGAGUCUUUCUGAGUGUGAUGCACAAAACAAACCAACAGUGUCGACUAGAAAAACCACAUCUGGGACGGUGGAAGCUCUGAACUCUGCUAACUUCCAGGUCCUCUAUUGGUCCCUGCUGGUCUGAGAGCUGAACUGCACCAACUGCAGCAGCAAAGGGAAGCUAAAUAGGAGGAAAUCGUGCAUAAAUGUGGCGUCUUUAAGCAGAAACGAGAGGAAAUACCUGUCUCGGUUGUGGUUUGAUUGUACAGAACUAGAGUCAGUUCUUCGUCACAUAAUUUAACGGAUUCUAGGUGUUUGUCCUGCAUCGUUCGGUGUUCUGUGAAUGACUGAAUCCACACUGAUGGAGGAGGAAGCAGCCUGUUUUUAAAUGACUGAAUCCACACUGAUGAAGGAGGAAGCAGCCUGUUUGUGUGUCGCUGUGAAGUGCUGCGAUCUGAUUGGCUGCCUGGCCUCUGCAGUCUCCUCACAGCUCCCAGAUCCAGAUGGAGGAGGAUAAAAACUCAGACCGAGUCACCAACCGGGACGUGUUUUUAGCGUGUUUUAGAGGGAAACUCCAGACGUGAGGAAGCAUUCUUUACGCCUCCACCUCAUUGGUCUGCAGAGCGGCUCUGCUCAUCUCUCAUUGGACGGAAGCCGGUGACAUCAGACGGAUCGGAUGUAGAAAUGUGGAGCAGAAACACCUGAAGAUGGAUCCUGGUGAAAAGCUAAAGAAGGUCAGCUGAUCUCCUCUGAUAGAUGGACACUGGUCAUGAAUAAAUUAAGACUGAAAACACGAAGAUUCAUGUUUUUCCAACUAGAAACGAAUCCUGCAACAACUGAUCUGUCAGCUGUCAACCAAUAAAUAAUUCUGCAACUA